GCAUAAGCACUACUGGCUAAAUUUCAUCUCCUAGCUCUCUUAAUUUCUUCUACACAUGAUACACUUGUUCUGAUUUUCUGGGCUAAAACUACUUGGCCGAGCCAGCCAGCAGGCCAUGCGAUCUGGGUGUCUUACUUUCUGCAUUUCUUGAAUCUUCGCUGCAUGCCUAAUUGGCCAAUACAUUUUUUCAACUUCCUGGACCAGUUUCGCCGGGAAGAUCAAGGCUCUGGUUUUUGCUUGUAGAAUAAGUAUAUAGGCAAUUAUCUACGUACACAAGCUGUUCAAGGCCUUUGAUAUUCCUGAGGAUCGAGCUUUUGAAAGUGCGAUAAUGGCUACGCUUAGCUGGCGGAGAUUGUUUGGUACUGCUGCUUUGGCUGGAAUAUUGCUCUUCUUUAGUGGCUUUUGCGCCUCUGAAAAGGCUCCAAACUACAGCUUCAUGCACAAGGCAACCUCAGCCCCACCCACAUCCUAUUAUGACUACAUCAUUGUAGGCGGAGGUACGGCUGGCUGCCCCUUAGCAGCCACUCUCUCCCACAACUACAGCGUUUUACUCCUCGAACGUGGUGGCUCACCUUAUGGCAAUCCCAACAUCACUGAGUUAGACCUGUUUGGUGCCGCACUCUCUGACCUCUCCCCAACCUCCCCCUCCCAACGCUUCAUCUCCAAAGACGGCGUCAUCAACGCUCGGGCUCGUGUUUUGGGCGGUGGAAGCUGCUUAAAUGCUGGAUUCUACUCACGCGCCUCUUCACAUGACGUCAGGGAAAUGGGAUGGGAUGGGCGGCUAGUGAAUGAAUCAUAUCAAUGGGUGGAAAGGGUGGUGGCAUUUGAGCCACCAAUGCAACAGUGGCAGACGGCGGUUCGAGACGGAAUGUUGGAAGUCGGGGUGUUGCCGGACAAUGGAUUCACGUAUGAUCAUAUGUACGGGACUAAAGUUGGGGGCACCAUAUUUGAUAAAGAUGGCCAUAGACAUACGUCUGCCGACUUGCUCGAAUAUGCUAACCCUAGUGGCCUUACGGUGCUUUUGCAUGCUUCUGUGCAUAGAAUCUUAUUUAGAACUCGAGGAAGACCAAGGCCCAAGGCCCACGGAGUCAUAUUUAGAGAUGCAUCAGGGGCCAGGCACAAAGCCUAUAUCAAGAAGGGGUCCAAUAACGAGAUUAUUGUAUCAGCUGGUGCAUUGGGGAGCCCACAGCUACUUAUGUUAAGUGGAAUAGGGCCUCCAGACCAACUAAAGGCCCACAAGAUCAGAGAAGUUUUGGACCUGCCUAUGGUUGGCCAAGGCAUGUCGGAUAAUCCCAUGAAUGCAAUCUUCAUCCCCUCUCCAGUCCCGGUCGAGAUCUCUCUCAUUGAAACCGUUGGCAUCACCCACUUUGGAAGCUACAUUGAAGCAGCCAGCGGUGCCAACUUUGCCGGUGGCUCUCCGAGAGACUUUGGGAUGUUCUCUCCUAAGAUUGGGCAGCUCUCCACAGUCCCACCCAAAGAAAGGACCUCAGAAGCCCUAGCCAAAGCAGUGGAACUCAUGGACAAACUUGACGAAGCAGCCUUCAGAGGUGGAUUCAUUCUAGAGAAAAUCACGGGUCCAAUGUCCACAGGCCAUUUGGAGCUCCAGACCCUGAAUCCCAAUGACAACCCAUCUGUCACUUUCAACUACUUCAAAGAUCCCCUGGACUUGCAAAGAUGUGUCCAAGGCCUUAGCACCAUCGAGAGAGUAAUCGAGUCAAAGGCUUUCUCCAAGUUCAGAUACGACUUUUUAUCUUUGCCAGCACUUCUCAACAUGACCGCGAGUUCCCCAAUAAAUUUGUUGCCUAAGCAUGAAAAUGCUUCAAGGUCCUUGGAACAAUUUUGCAAGGAUACUGUGAUGACCAUUUGGCAUUAUCAUGGAGGCUGCCAAAUGGGAAAGGUUGUUGAUCAUGAUUACAAAGUUCUUGGAGUUGAUGCACUAAGGGUUAUCGAUGGAUCCACGUUUAAUCACUCUCCUGGAACUAAUCCUCAGGCCACUGUCAUGAUGCUUGGAAGGUACAUGGGUGUAAGGAUAUUGAGAGAGAGACUAGCUGGCCGGAAUGACUCUCAUGAGUAAAUCAUGAUUUUAAACAUGGUUUUUUUUUUAUGAACUUAAUUGAUCAAAAUGCAUGGAUUUGGAGGAGUACUCCGUUUUACAAUGAUCUGUACGUUGAAAGCCUAAAGAAAUGUCAAAUUAAUUAUAAUUGAUUCUUGUGAUCA